AUGAGUCGAUAUUCCCGUUAUCAAGAGCAGAACUUGGUCUACUACAUGAUCAAGGGAUACACGAAAUGCAAUAACUAUACCGCGUCAAAUGUACAGUAUUGUGAUAGUUAUUUCUCAGACAUUAAGUUCGACAGUCUGAAGCGCCAGAAAGAGGCGCUCAAGAAGUCAGUCAAAGAUCAGCGUGCCGAAGUAGCUCGCCUGGCUGCCGUAGCUACAUCCGCCUUUGCCGCGCUGGCCGCGGCGCAAGAGAAGGAAAUGAAGUUAGAUGAGCGACUGGACAAACUGACCGCCCGUUAG